GCCAGGCCGCGCCUUUUCCCGUUCAUUCUCGCCCCCCGUUCCCCCCUCCCCGCACCCCCCCGUGUCCCCCGGCCCCGCUCCUGUCCCGUUCCGGCCCCGUUCGCCAUGAGCCGCCUCGGGGCGCCGCUGCCGCUGCUGCUGCUCGGGGCGCUGGGGGCGCUGAGCCCCCCCCGGGCCGCGGGGCAGGAGCCGCCCCCGAGCCCCCCGCCCAGCCCCCGGCCCAACGCCACCAGGCCGGUGUUCCCGGUGUUCCCGUGCGGGGGGGACCAUCGCGGCGAGUCGGGGUUCAUCGCCAGCGAGGGCUUCCCCCGGCACUACCCCCCCGGCAGCAACUGCACCUGGACCAUCACGGUGCCCGAGGGCCAGGUGGCCACGCUGUCGUUCCGCGUGUUCGACCUGGAGCCGGACCCGCGGUGCCGUUUCGACGCGCUGUCCGUGUUCGGGGGCCACGGCCCCGCGGCGCCGCUCCUGGGGCGCUUCUGCGGCACCUUCCGCCCCGGGGCGCUCCGCGCGCCCCAGAACCGCCUGCGCCUGCACAUGGAGAGCGACGGCGCCACGGCCGGCCGGGGCUUCCUGGCCUGGUUCAGCGCCGGCAGCCCCCCGAGCCACGAGCAUCAGUUUUGUGGCGGGAGGCUGGAGAAGGCCCAGGGCAGCCUGAGCACCCCGAACUGGCCGGAGGAGAAUUACCCACCCGGGAUCAGCUGCUCCUGGCACAUCGUGGCCCCCCCCGGCAAGGUGGUGGAGCUGCGGUUCGGGAAGUUCGACGUGGAGCCCGACCCGCACUGCCGCUACGAUUACGUGGCCGUGUUCGAGGGGGGGGCGCGGGACGACGCGCGGCGCCUCGGCCGCUUCUGCGGGGAGGAGACCCCCGGCCCCAUCGUGUCCAGCUCCGCGGAGCUGCUGGUGCAGUUCGUGUCCGACCUGAGCGUCACCGCCGACGGCUUCUCGGCCUCCUACACCCUGCGGGACCCCGCGGCGGGCGGCGGCCCCGAGACCCCCGCCCCAAAGCCCCGGGGGGGCUCCAAGGCCAAGGCGCCCCCCGGCCCCAAAGCCGAGCCCCCCCCCACGGCCGCCCCCUGCCCCCAGCGCUGCCGCCGCGCCGGGACCCUGCAGAGCAACUUCUGCAGCAGCGAUUUCGUGCUCACCGGCACGGUGAAGUCGGUGUCGCGGGGCCCGCCGCAGGAGCCGGGCUGGGCCGUGCUCUCCGUGCUCGGCGUGUUCAAGGCGGCGGCGGCGCUGGGGCUCCCUCAGCCCGCCAAGGGCUCCUCGCUGCGGCUGCAGCUGCCCUGCCGCCUCUGCCCCUCGCUCAAGAAAGGCUCCAGCUACGUGCUGAUGGGGCGGCUGGGCGCGGACGGGGCGGCGAUGCUGCCGCCCGACGCCUUCGUGGUGCCCUACCGCCCUCAGCAGCAGCAGGUGCUGGGCAACCUCAGCAAGAGGCCGUGUCGGGGGAGCCCCUGAGGGAGCCCGGCCCGGAGACCCCCGCCCCGGGCCGCGGGGAUGCCCCCCGAGUAUUCGGUAAUAAAGGCUGCAGAGAUGGA